GUUACUGCGCGCACGCACCGCAGUCACGGCCAAUCACCGACAAGCAACGAUUGUGUUUUAAUUUAAAUCUAUUUAUAAAUAAACUGAAUAAAAAGUUUGCCUGUAUGAAAUAGUUAAAACGUAUAACACCUAAAAUAAGAUUAAUAAGUGACUUAUGUGAUUGAGUUGGAGUGUGGAUUUUUGUUUAAUUUAUGCGCCAGCAAUGGCGCCCGACCCGGACGGUCGCCAGGCCAGCUUCCCGCAACUUCCCUACCCCGCGCUGCGCUCGGCCGCCCCCCGCUCCCCGCAGCAGUGGCUGCGCGGGAAGCAGCAGCAGGACGGGGCUGAAGGGCUGUGGCGAGUGCAUGACGGGCUCUAUGAUUUGAGCGAGUUUGUGGGGUUGCAUCCUGGAGGGGACCUGUGGAUACAGAGUACUAAGGGCACAGAUAUAACAGAGGCCUUCGAGUCGCACCACCUGCACGGCGUGGCCGAGCCCCUCCUGCCCAAGUACUUCGUCCGAGACGCGAGGGAACCCCGAAACUCACCCUUCACCUUCAAGGAAGAUGGAUUCUAUAAGACGCUCAAGCUCAAGGCUAUGCAGAAGAUGAAGGAAUUCCCAGCAGGGGCCAGAAGCAAGAGUGAUCGCGUCACUGACUCUUUGCUCCUACUGUUUCUCAUCAUCACUCCUAUAACCUGCUGGUCUUUUACGAAGAGUUUUCUGUUAGGAGCCAGUUUGCUCCUCCUCAAUGGACUGGUCAUGAGUCUCAUGACAAUUUGCGCCCACAAUUAUUUCCACAGAAAGGACAACUGGAGGAUGUAUAUUUUCAACCUCAGCGGACUGUCUUACGCAGACUGGCGCGUAUCGCACGCGAUGUCCCACCACCUCUACACCAACACGGUCCAGGACAUCGAGCUGAGCAUGCUGGAGCCGUUCCUCUACUACCUGCCGAGUGGAGACAAGUCGCUGGUGAACCAGCUGGCCGCGGUGUACUGGCCACUCAUCUUCCCGUUUACUUCUGUGGGGUGUAUGGUUAAAGAAUUGAUAGCAGGCCUCACAAACUUGGAAGGCAAGAAGCUACAAUUAUCAAAUGCCAUUCCUCUGUUUGUGCCAGCCUGGAUGUACUUCGUAGGAGGCCUUCCCUUACUGCCAACAGUCGGGCUAUGGAUCUCCUGCAUGUUGGUAUCAAGUUUCUUCUUCAUGGUAUUUGGUCUGACCGCUGGGCACCAUGGAAAUGAGAAUUUCUUUGAAGGUGAUAUACCGAGAGACACGACGCUCGACUGGGGCCUCCACCAGCUAGACGCCAUCGUGGAGAGAGUGGAGUACUCCGGCCACGGAAACCACUUCAUGUCGCUAACUGGCUUCGGGGACCAUGCUCUGCACCAUUUGUUCCCGACCUUGGACCACGCGGAGUUAGAGUUCCUGUACCCAACGUUGGUCCAUCACUGCGAGAAGUAUGACACGGAGUUGCGCAUGACCACGUUUCCACAAGCGGUUGUCAGUCAAGCCAAGCAGCUGGCCCGUAAGAAGCAAAAUAAUUUUAGAGCGAAGACUGCAAUGCCUAAAUAGUGAUUUAAAGGGGUUUCUUUUUUAUAAUGUGUAUUUUAGUUCGGUGGUAUUCUGUAACCAAUUUCAGAAUACCGAGUGAUACAAUUUUGGCCUGUUAAAAAGUAGUCAAAUCAACAGUAGGCCUAAGUAUAGUACUACGAUAGACAAAAAAUACUAACUGUUGACAUACUUCUACACGUUUACAUACAUAAUAAUAUAUGUCGACUAUAAUCCUGAAUAGACAGAAUUGGUGAGGUGGCUGGCCAGCGAGGCACUCGCACUUCGCUCAACCGCAAGAGUCUCAGAUGUGGAGGUUUCCCACUUAUCCAGGUUUUACUACUUUUAGGUAGUGAGUGUAUAACACACGUUUCUAAUUUAUAAGUUACUAAAUACAUAGAAACAUAGGUUAAAUGGUACAGGGUAUUUUGUUAUGAUAUGACAGAAAUAAUGCAUUGUUUUAUUGCACAGGUGAAGAAAGGCUGUGAUUUAGGUUUUUAAAUUAAUAAAAUAAAUAUAAUACUACCUACUAUAAA